UAAUCCGAUUUUCGUGAAAAUAGUGUCGAAAUGCUCGAUUUUAAAUCGUGAAAUUUUCUAGCGAUCGAAAUAUGGGUUUUGCCGUAACGGGAUGUUACAGAGCCGUCUGACAAAAAAGAAACACCAACACCACCAAAAACUGUUGUUGUGAAGAUCGAGUAUGAGUUGCGUGUGACGUUGGUCACUACCGUUCUGCCAGCUCCACCAACGGUCGCCACCACUCCAACAGCCGCCCUUGCCAUUGCUGUUACCAUCAACCAUUACCAGCCGAAGAAGACAGGGUUGUUGCAAAAGUCGGAUCGAGAUAAUCUUUGCUCCACUUUGAACCGUCAUCUACAAGAACGUCAUCGUCCCAAGAGAGAAUGAUCUCGUGACGACCAAGGCUGGAGUUGCGCCAAAGCUGAUGUUCACUACUUCAUCCAAAGUCGUUUGUGUUUUCCCCAUUACCAGUAAUCCUAUCUCAAACCUUGAGCCAUUGAAGCCUCAAGAACGCUGGUCACUCAGGAGGAUGAAGAUGGAAGGUAGCGAGGAGCGAGUAGCGAGUAGCAUGUGAUUGUCUUACAAGCUGGUGAUAUUGAAAGAAGUUUUAUGAGAAAGAACGAGAACAACAUGAACAAGACAAUUGCAACAAAGAGAUACGAAGGGUGCCGGUCGUUGCCAUCCACCUUAUCUUGAGUCUGCCAUCUAGAAAGGCGCCGCCAAUUUUAGACCGAGGGGCAAGUUCAUGUCUGCGCCUCGAUUAUCGCUAAUCUUUCUUCCCGACAAUUCAUGUGUAGGGUAUUGCGGGAAGAGUCAAGCAAGCUAAAGAUGAAGGUUGAUGGUGAGCCCAAAAGGCCGAAACCGAUGGGUGAGGUGAACGUCACCAUGAACAGAGCUCCACCAUUUCCAUUCACCUCGACGGUUAAGAUUCAGAAAACCAGGUGUGCGAGAACCCAUAUUAUGCGAAUAAAGCCUCGCAUUGACGCUAAUAGCCGAAAUGCGACGAAGAGUAUUCCAUGAGAGGUGUUGGUUGGACCAAAUUUGUUUACUGACGGGGUAUUCCAUGAGACAAACUAAGACCUCUCUGGUCGGUUUGUCUAGAAAUUAAGUGAAGACAAAGGAAUCUACAUCGACAAUGUGACUAUAUGAAAAUACAUGUUGAUGUCUAACCUACCCCCAUUGAGUUCCAUAUUACUUAUUGCCCCUUCCCAUGCAAAGUUAUCUUCAGACCACCGGCUUUGGAUAAGUUCCAAGUGAUCAUAUUCACAUCUCAAUUGUUAAUAAAAAUACCAACCGAGAAUGGCACAGAGGCAUUUCGAUGACACAUUAUGAUAGCAUAAUAGUGUUAUAACUUAUAAUCCAUCCUUAAUCCACAUUUAUGUGUCUAGAAUUUAUGCUCAAAAGGAGGAAGCACACAUCAAGCCUAUUGACGAGGACAAGAAAGUCCACUGGAGCUCUCUGACACUGGAGCUCUCUAACAAUAACUCAUGAACUGAGUAAAAAUUAUAUAUAAGAAGAUAAGAAGCCCUAUCACAGAGAUGUUUGAACGAGUGUUUUUACCGAGGUGAAUCUUUCUUUCAGACUGGUUGUUUAGUUUAACUGAAAAGAGGCUUGAGGUUAGGUUCUGCCGGAACAGCCGUACGUACCCAACUUAUGUUGAAUUUUUUUCCAGGGGGAUAUACCACCACACACUAUUUUACACAAGUUCCAAGUUUUAUCGAUAAGAAGAUGAUAACACCUAAAUUGCUAUUAUUUGGCCUUUAUUAUUCACACAUUUGUUGCUAAAUCACUGUGCCUAGGGCACAUUGUAAGCUUGUUUACGCUAAGAAGCGUCCAUAUACACACACUAUGAGUUUUGGCAUGAGUUAGGUUGAGAUGGAGGUUCUUCGUGGGAAAUCAGGCCACUUAGACAUGUUUAAUGCUUGUUAGGUGUUUUUGGUAAUGUUCUUUUUUUUUUUUUUUUGUAACAAACUUGAGUUCCAUUGAAUAGUAACAGGGCCAAGUGGGUUAACAAAAUCCAUGGAAAGUAAAAGGGAAUGCAAAAAAGCAAUUAAACGGCCAAACAUAACAAAGAGGACUACAACCCAAACUCCACACGGAGAACUAGGGCUGGGCAUGCGGGCGGAUCAUCCGCGGGUUUGGGCCGACCCACCCGCAUUUGACCCGAAUUUCGUUAAGUGGGUGGGUCUGUGGGUGGGUGACGGGUUGCGCUGGAGCCAUCUGCAGGGUGGUGGGUGGGUUGUGGGUGAGUGUGCGGGUGACCCGCUCAACCCAACAACAAAAAGAUCAAAGUCGUUGGCGCGAGAGAGAUGAGAGUGGAGACGUUAGAUAUAAACUCGGACUGCUCCUGGAGUUUGAACCUCAAAGCCAACCUUCCAAAUAGAGACCCCCUCUUCUUCCCUUUACUUUUUCCUCUAAUUCUUGUGCCUAGAUCACCGCUCUUUCCUUUGUCGAAUUAUUUUUCUUAAUUCCUUGCACCUAAUAAUCGUCUCAAUCUGUAGAAAACUCUUUCAUAAUAGAAUUUCUAUCCAAUU